AGAAGGAAGUGAUAAGUUGAAUGCUGGCAUGGGUCUGGCUACACCCUUAAAAGUAAUGGUGAAACUGUUCCAAGUGAAAGCUCCCAGGUCCGGAAGAGUUAAACCUUGAAGGGGUUCUGCUGAGCCAGCGUAGCAGGAGCAUUCAUUAUGAAUGGAGGAUACUAUAUUAUUUUAUCAGCGGCGCCCAUUUAUUUCCAUUUACUUUGUUGUUACCAUUGAUAUUUUAGAAUACCACUGGUCGUGUUUGAAACGACUGUUCGUCAGGUCUGGAAAAUUGUUUUAAGAACUAGCGACUCUUCUUAAAACUAGCUACAGAUGAAACUGGUUCUGGAGAAAUGGCAUUGUCUACAGAGAAAAAAGUUAGACUCUACAAAAUGAUGCGUUUUGAACAGAAAUAGAUGCACGAACUGGAUGGGAUAUAAUAAAUGUUACUGAAAUUCUCUACAAGGUAUCACUAUGUCUGCUGUAAAUGUCGAGCUUGCAGACCUUUCUACAGCCCGGCGUGAGUUCGACUCCAAAACUAAUACUUUUAAAACUUUAUGCAAAGAAAUUGGAGAUUAUUCUCGUAGUCAUCUCAAAUUAAAGUCCAGCAAAUCUGCCCCCAGCGGUUUUGCAUCUUUGGGUCAUCAUUGUCCACUUUCUGAAGAGGAAUCGUUGAUAAACUCACUCUACCCAUCUCCAAAUACAAAGCCAACCAACACAAAUGAUGUUGUGUAAUACAAAAACCUUGAAUCAUUCAGUACAACAGUCUACGAGUUUGUCAUCUGACUACAGCACACCAGGACAUGAAGAUCAAAAAAAUGGAAUGAACACAAGCCUCAGUGAAAUAAGCAAAGAACAGCCACUGAAACACUCAAGAAGAAGUUUACCAUGCAUGGGCAAAAGUCAGACACAUCCACAAAAUUUGAACAGACACUUAUUAUAUCAAUCAAAUCGUGUGCAGCCCCAGCCUAUAAAUGCAGGAGCAUCCAAAAUCAAUGCUAACCAGGAGAAAGAUGGAGGAGUGGAUAUGUUUACAGAUUAUUCAGAACAUAUAACAUAUGAUUCCCGCACAGAUCAAUCCUUACUAAUUCAGAACAAGGUUAACCUUCAGAAACCACAGCUAUGCACUAAAUCUAAAAAGGAGGACAUGAACCAUGCUGUUCAGUCAGGCCUCUUUUUCAAAGAUGGAAAAAAACGCAUUGAUUAUAUCCUUGUUUAUAAAAAAUCAAGCCUUCAGGUAGAGAAAAGAAGCACCUUUGAAAAGAAUCUAAGAGCUGAAGGAUUAAUGUUGGAACGAGAGACAGCGCUGACAAACAGUGAUAUAAUGUUUGUUAAGAUUCAUGCACCUUGGGAAACUCUAUGCAAAUAUGCAGAAAGGAUGAGCAUUCGUAUGCCUUUUAGGAAAAAAUGCUAUUACACUGACUGGAAGAACAAAGCAAUGAGCAGAUUUAAACAAAACUUUCGGCAGUUAAAAGGCUGGCUACCAAGAAAUCCAAUGAAGCUGGACAUAGAAGCCCUGCCUGAUCUUGAGGAGACGGACUGUUAUACAGCCCCAUUUAGUCAAGCAAGAGUACACCAUUUUACGAUAAGUAACAAAGAUUCCUUCUUCAAUAAUUCCACACGAAGUAGAAUAGUUCAUCAUGUACUACAGAGGACAAAGUAUGAGGAUGGAAAAUCCAAAAUGGGUAUUAACAGGCUACUCGGUAAUAACACAUAUGAAGCUGCAUUUCCAGUACACGAGGGAAGUUACAAAAGCAGACAUCCAAUUAAAACAUUUGGAGCCCAAAAUCACAGACAUCUGUUAUACGAGAGGUGGGCCAGAUGGGGAAUGUGGUACAAGUAUCAGCCUUUAGAUCUAAUCAGGAGAUACUUUGGUGAAAAAAUUGGACUGUAUUUUGCCUGGUUAGGCUGGUACACAGGAAUGCUUAUUCCAGCUGCUCUUGUUGGAUUAUUUGUUUUCCUGUAUGGAUUGUUCACCAUGGAUACCAGCCAAGUCAGCAAGGAAAUCUGUGAGGCAAAUGACACCAUCAUGUGCCCUAUGUGUGAGCGCAACUGUUCGUCAUGGAAAUUGAGUGACAGCUGUAUAUAUGCUAAGGUAACAUACCUGUUUGAUAACGGUGGGACUGUGUUCUUUGCAAUCUUUAUGGCUAUCUGGGCAACUGUAUUCUUAGAGUUUUGGAAAAGGAGAAGAGCUGUACUCACUUAUGACUGGGAUCUAAUUGACUGGGAAGAAGAAGAGGAAGAACUUCGCCCUCAAUUUGAAGCAAAAUAUUCUAAAAUGGAACGGGUCAAUCCAAUCACAGGAAAACCAGAGCCAUUCCAACCAUUUACAGACAAGCUGAGUCGUCUCAUGGUGUCUGUCUCGGGAAUAUUCUUCAUGAUUUCAUUAGUACUGACAGCAGUGUUUGCGGUGGUGGUGUACCGCCUGGUUGCCAGGGAGCAGUUUGCAUCUUUCCAGUGGGAAUUUGUCAAAAACAACUGGCAGUUUGCUACAUCAGGCACUGGAGUCUGCAUCAACUUCAUGAUUAUCAUGUCACUCAAUGUGGUCUAUGAAAAGGUUGCAUAUCUUCUAACAAACUUAGAGCACCCCAGGACUGAAUCAGAAUGGGAAAACAGUUUUGCACUGAAAAUGUUCCUUUUUCAGUUUGUUAAUUUGAACAGUUCAAUAUUUUAUAUCGCUUUCUUUCUUGGCAGGUUUGCUGGGCAUCCUGGAAAGUAUAACAAACUGUUUGAAAGAUGGAGGCUAGAAGAGUGUCAUCCCAGCGGCUGUCUCAUAGACCUCUGCAUGCAAAUGGGAAUAAUCAUGGUCCUAAAGCAGAUGUGGAACAACUUCAUGGAACUUGGAUACCCGCUGUUACAAAACUGGUGGUCUCGUCAAAAAAUAAAAAAAGGAGGCCAGAGCAUGGACAGCAAAAUGUUUCUACCUCAGUGGGAAAAAGAUUGGAACCUCCAACCCAUGAAUGCGCAUGGAUUAAUGGAUGAAUACUUAGAAAUGGUUUUGCAGUUUGGCUUCACCACAAUUUUUGUUGCAGCAUUUCCUUUGGCACCCCUUCUUGCUUUACUGAACAAUGUAAUUGAAAUAAGACUGGAUGCAUACAAGUUUGUCACACAGUGGCGAAGACCGAUGCCUUCUAGAGCAACUGAUAUAGGUAUCUGGUAUGGAAUAUUAGAAGGAAUUGGUGUCCUGGCUGUAAUUACAAAUGCCUUUGUAAUAGCAAUUACUUCAGAUUACAUCCCAAGAUUUGUCUAUGCAUUCAAAUAUGGACCAUGUGUAGAUGAAGGUUACCGUCAUGAAAAGUGUUUAAAAGGAUAUGUCAACAGUAGUUUGUCAGUAUUUGACAUGCGUUUGCUUGGUGAGGAAUACUCCGGUUACUGCAGAUACAGGGACUACAGAGCACCUCCCUGGAGUGAAACACCCUAUGAUUUUACAUUGCAGUUUUGGCAUGUUUUAGCUGCUCGUCUAGCUUUCAUCAUAGUUUUUGAGCAUCUGGUAUUUGGAAUUAAGUCUUUCAUUGCCUAUUUAAUUCCUGACAUGCCUAAGGAUUUAUGUGACAGAAUGAGGAGAGAGAAAUACUUGGUCCAGGAAAUGAUGUAUGAAGCUGAACUGGAGCACCUACAAAGAGAGCGAAAAAAGACUGGAAGACAAUAUCAUCAUGAGUGGCCUUAAAAGUUUGUUGUGUAGAUAGCAGACUAAUGGAACUCCGUUGUUACAGCUAAAGGACCAAAUUAGCUUCUGUCACUACCCAGAGUUAUUAGUGUGCCACAACUCCUAUUCCAAAGUAUAAGGCAAGUUUUUGGCCAUGAAAUAAGGAAACAUCUCGGUGUACGUUGGUAAUGUGCUUGGUGUGCAUCUCAGCAGUUAUGCAUUUCUAGUAUAAGGAAAUCAACUGGCCCAUCUUAAUACCUCCAGGUAACAGAGCUGAAUAAGCUUCAGUUCUUCAGUGAGUUCCCACAACUGACUUUUGUUGAUGUGUAAUAUGUUUAGUCCAAAGCACAAUAGCAUUACAGAAUUGCAGUUAUUGUGACACGCAGCACAGUUUAAAAUGAUUUACCUUUUCCAUUUAAAAAUGUAUUCAAGAGCUAAAACUGUGAAAGCUUAGUUAACACAGCAUUGGCCAAGCUCAAAUCAGUUUGCAUAUGACCAACCCUCUAACUGAUUUAUACUAAAUAGCAAAAUGCAAUGAACAAGAAAUAUGAUUAUAGUAUACUUACAGUUUUGCAAUACAAUAUCAAUAAAAUAGAUGACACAAGUAAAAUAAACAAAACAUUCUACAGAAAAGUGCUUACAGUUGCAAGCUAACAGCAUUACAUUCAGAAACAGAGAGAGAAAGAACUGCUCAAUAUUCUGGCAAAAAAGACCAUCUUAAUUCAAGAAAUGAAAGUCUUAUUGGCUAUGCAACAGAGUUGAUCUUUAAAGAAUGGCUAUGCAAUGGAGCUAAUCUUGAAAGAAAUCAUUAGGUCUCUAUAACUGAUUUCUUGUACCAGGGAGUUUGUAAAACUGAAUUACAUAAUAUGCAUUUAGAAGGCCAUGGUGGCUUAGUGUUUAAAGUUUCUGUCUUACAGUAUCAGAGUCCAUGAUUUAGUCUUCUGUUUUGUGGAGUUUGCAUAUUCUUUCCAUGACUGCAUGAGUUUCAGUGUGUACUCCUAUUUCUUUUUACUUCCCAAAAAUAUGAAUUUUAAUUACAUACAUACAAUGUGUAUUGCAUUUACCUUUGCCCUUAGUGACGCAUAUCAUGAUAGGAAAUGGACAGUUGAAUAUAAGAUCACUUACUUUGUGAGUGUUACAGUCUGGAUUUCAAUGGCAUGAAAUAAUCAAUAAUCACUUCAUUUCAAUUUCCUUUUACAUCUUCUGUUGAGGAUUGCCAUGACAGCAGACCAAAAAAGGCAGACUAGGCUUCCCCUUCCCUAGCAACCAUUUCCAGAUUCUCCUAGGGUGUCCAUAGGUGUUCCAGGGGCAACUGCAAGAUAUAGUUAUUCCAACAUGCUCUGCCAUAUUCGUCAAAUAAAGACAUCAUAAAACUCUCAGAAAUGUAUAAGCAGUUGAUAAGUAUUUUAAAAUAAUAUGAACAUGCAUAAUCAAACUACUUUGUAAUAUGCAUUUAUUAAAUGCUCAUAUUGCUUUAUACAUUUUAUAAAAAGUUAUAACUCUGGAGAAUAUCAGUGCCAUUUAUUUCCUUCUGUUAAACAUUGACUGACACUAACUCAUGCAUCUUUUCAGAUACAAAAUCAGAAGCAUAUACUGAAGGAAAUAUUCAGAGCAGUAGCAAUAUAAGGAAUAUACAUCAAUAUUACAGUAUGUGCACAAGUUCACAAAAUGGUUUAUACAUUGCUUGCAAUAUUUUACUGAAUAAUAUUUUGCUGUCUUUUGCUGCAUUUUGAUCAUUACUUGGAAAUCACAAAAUAAUAAAAACUGCUCUUAAGGUGUAGGAAUUCCUUAAUAAAAUAUCAAACAG